ACAGCAAAGAACCAAAGAUGUAGCUUAAGUUUGGCAUUUUAGGCAUGUUUUGUGUGUGCUACUGAGAGCAUGUUUAAUAGUUGUACGGUUGGGAUUUAAUAUGUUGUGAUAUAUUGUUGAAGGAGAAUGGCUAGUAAUUGGUCAUCCCCAAUUAGAGGACUAGUGGUCGUUGGUUCAAGUGUUGCUGUUUGCGGUUGUGCUUAUUUAAUCUACAGAUACUGGAAGCAGAGGGACGCGAGAAGUAUCGACGAAGGAUUUGAAGACGUUUCUCGUUUGGAAGACAAUCCUGAGAGAAGAGUUCUGGUGCUUGGUCUUAACAACUCUGGGAAGAGCACACUGUUAAAUCAAGUGACAACAGGGAGCACUGAUGUUAAAACUGUUAAACCCACUGAAGGAUUCAGGGUCACCAGUCUGCAAAACAAAGAUGUUUCGCUUAGCAUCUGGGAGAUUGGUGGUGGACCAAGCGUGCGUCCCUACUGGAGUAACUUCUUGCAGGACACAGACCUCCUGGUGUUCGUGGUAGAUGCAGCAGAUGACCAUAACUUGCCAUUAGCAUUUCGUGAGCUUAAGAGCCUUUUAGGAGAUGAAAGGCUAGCACAUGUGCCUCUACUUGUCCUAGCUAAUAAGCAGGAUCUCCCCAAUGCAAAAAACAGUGAGGAGAUUGCAGACAUUUUAGACCUGAACAGCAUUCCUGCUUCAAAACAUAAAGUUCGUGUUGUGGGUACUACAGCCAUACCUUCAACUGAAAUAGCGAGGCAUCCUUCAAUUUUGGAAGUGCAACAAGCUCUUUUCAGCAUGACAAAUGUCUAAGUAAAAUAAAUUUCUUUUGUAUAUUUAAAAUAAAUGGGUUGAUUGUGAGACAGUAUUUCACAGUAUCCUGCUGUUCUUUUUUAUGUGUAGACUAGAUGUUUUAUACAUAAUGAUUUCGUAUUAUUGGAAAUAGGACAUUUGUGCUAUUGCAUUUGCCACUCUUUCAAAUGAGAUUUAUUGUACUUUCUUGUGUGUGUAAAACUGAAAUUUCAAGGCUGAUUAUUUAGAUUACAUUCCACGGGGUGUCUGAAGUGUGCAAAUGUAUACUAUGGACAUGUGUGAUUUUGGUAAUGACAGGAUUUUGAUUGGUAAAUAUGUCACUGUAUGAGCAAUUCUUGGCCUAGGAUUCUGUCAGAGUAAGACUUCGUUUUACAGAAUCAUUUUGUCAUCAACUGAGGCUCAGAAUAAUAAAAGUGCUUUGGAAUUAUCUGCUGUGUCUCUAUUAUCUGCUGGUGCAAAAUGAAACAUGGUGAUUGUUUUCCUUUAUGUUGCCACAGCCAAAAUAUAAGUAUGCACAAGAUGAAUAAAAUUAGUUGUGCUAAUGUUUAAAACUGAUUAUUUCAACAAAUAACUUUUGAAUUUUAAGAAAAAAAUAAGGAAAGACCAAGUAAAAUAAAAUAAGGAAAAAGUGUUGUAGCUAUGAAUGAGAGAGACGGAGUAAAAUCUGAGCUUGAUGAAUUAAAUUUAUAGUUUUCUUUGUCAAUUCUUGUACUCCUUUUUUAGAAUAUUCAUUUCUAUGUGUUAAAUCCAUUUUAUCGAAUCUCUUAAUUUCAAGUGACUUUCACAGAAUUUACGAGUCUUAAGUUCAGUUCCAAUAAUUCAGUCUGUGCCAGCAGCUUGGGUCUCUCAAACCAAUUCUGCAGUUCUUUGUGUAAUAGGCCUACUGAAUCUCAGUUUUUGUAAAUAUAUAAUAGAGAAAGAAACUGAUGAUGAGACUGAGAAUUACCGGUCCUGUAAACAUGACUUGAUGUAACAUUCUUGACUGCCUGUCUCAGUACUUUGAAAUUUUUAUUAAACUACCUGAGGUAUUCUAUCAGUACCUUCUUGCCUUAUGUCUGGUAACAGGCAGUCUCUUAUAUUUAAUCUAAAAUAUCUAUUUAUUAAUUUUGUAAAUGUAUAUCAUUAUAAUAAAAACUAAUGCAUUUACUGUA